UAUUCUAGCAGCAUCCCCAAACGUUAAUAUGUCAUGGCUCACCCCAUAAUCAUCUACCCAGCUGGCGUUCGCCGACCUAUGGUCGCAUUUGGUUCCUCUGGGAUAAUCUGUCGCGAUUCCUACAACGACACCGAAGUUCUAAAAAGUCCGCUUCGACAUGACCUGAGUAGAUGCAGCGAAGAGACCAUUCUAUCCAUGCAAGAGGAAGAGUCCUUCUCCUCGAUGAGCCUUGAACGAGAAAAACUCAUAUACCGAUCUCUUCCUAAGCACAGGGACAUUCUCAAUUGCCUCAAGAUAACAGAGACCAGCAUUCGCUUUCCGUACAUGCACAAUGGACACCUUCGUGAUUACAUCCGGAAGAACUCCGCACAGGUGGAUGAUCUAACUAAAGAUACUUGGAUACAGAAUGCCGUGAUGGCAGUGCAAUUUAUCCACGCCCAUUCCGUUAUUCACGGAGAUAUCAGCGUCCGCAACUUUCUUGUUGCGGAUGAUCUCUCCAUCAAACUUUGCGAUUUCGCAGGCUCGGGCAUCGGGGAUUUGUCCCCUGUUGUUAUGGAAGAGGAUCGGUAUAGGAAAUCUCCUGACGAGCCUCGAUCGUUCCAGACGGACUUGUUCGCUCUUGGUUGUCUGAUUUUUGAGAUUGUGGUGGGCUCACGCCCUUACGAGGAUAUCGGCGAUGAUGAUUGGGAAAUCAUUGCAGAUAACUAUGAUCGUGGGGUCUUUCCGUCGGUGGAGGGCUUGAGAUAUGGAACCGUCAUUUAUAAGUGUUGGACCUCGCAAUAUACGGAGGCCCGUCAGAUUCUCUUGGACAUUGGAAAUGCAGAUUAUGGAGGAAAGGAGCGAAGUGGGGAUGAUGUUCGGUCUGUUUGGCCGAGUCUCCUCCCAGUGCAUGCUCUUCCGCCUCUGGGGAUACUGCCAAUUGGUAUACUUGCAUUGUGUGCCUAUCGAAAAUACAAGUGGACCUAAACGAAUAUGAGAUGAAAGCGGAGAAAGUGAAUCAAAAUG